AUGGUGAAUAAUGAGAAUGUGACAGAGUUCCAUGAAGGUUUCUUUGGUGCUCUCUCCUUUGAGAGCAUAUUCGUGAACCAUACUGCCGUAAAGAACGUAUCUCCAUCAGCGAUCCUGCCUCUUCGAGACCAAAUUGAAAAACUAGAAAUUUCAUUCAGUCAACUGGAAGGGUUCCCAUUCCACAGUCUCCUCAGCUUCCCUCGCCUUUCGGACCUCCGCCUUGAGAGAAACUCCUUGACCUUGGUAUCGGCUAUCCAGAGCAAGAGUCUCGAAAUUCUCUCUCUCGCUGCAAAUCCCCUUGAGAAGAUCCCUGCAGACUUGGUUACAAGCAUGACAAAUCUAAAGGAAUUCCACUGCGUCGCCUGCAAACUGGGACCCACCCUCCGAAGUCAGAUGUUGGCGUUCGCCAGCAAACAGUUAUUGAGGGUAGACUUGCAAGGGAACGAAAUUUCAAAAAUAGAACGACUCGCCAUCACAGGUCUCAUGCCGGAAACGGAACUUAUUAUGGAUGGAAACCAGAUCACCGAAUUGCCCAAGGAAGUCUUUCGCCCGCUCCUCAUGUACAAAUCUCAUGCAGAAGGGUACAUCUCUCUACAAGGGAAUCCCAUCGAGUGCAACUGCCGCUUGGCCUGGUUCAUCCACGAGCCGCACCUUAUUGGGAGUGUUCGCGGAACUUGUGAAAACGGAACGGCGUUCGCAAACGUGACACUGCAGUGCGUGGAACGCGAGGAAGCAGAUCUCUGCACCCCGGGAUCAAACAAGGAGCACAAUCCAAGAAAUGCCGCGCCGACUGAGAACAAAAGUCGAGAGUCCUCAAAAGGCACCAAGCAAUUCACAACUACCAAUCUGAUCUCUUGGGCCUACCAGAUAGCUCAAGGCAUGGAGUUCUUGGGCUCGAGAAAGCACUACCAGGAGAUGACCGAACAACAAAAUCAGAAAACAAACCCCGAGUAUUUCCAGACAAAUAAAGACUACUUACAGGGAAACCAUGAUCCACAGGCACAAGAAGAGCCCAUGGUAAACGCCAACAUGACUGACACAAAUGAUCCAAUUUCUGCAAAUGAGGAGCUUCGUCAAGUUGGAACCGAGUCAGCAACCAUAUCGAGCGUGCGAAUAGACCAUGGCCACGGAUACGAAAGGGGGCCGACCAAAGACACGAACUCGCCGUUUCAUGUACGCGACGAGUUGAAGCCGAUCGCACAGAAAGCUGCCAACGUCCUCCAUAAAUAGUCAAGAUGCCCUUGAAGAGUAUGCUAUUGGAUUGCAGUCUUCUUAC